AUGUUCCCUUCAAAGGGAAGCGUCAAGAAGCAUAUAGCUAUUCGCCCUGAAUGUAAAGAAAAAUGGGAGUCAAUGGUGGAAGACACAGACAGUGAAGGUGGCCUACCAGUGGAUCAUUCAUCUCCGCUUCGCCGCUCACGCUCAACAUCUUUUGAUCCUGAUGACAACCCAGCAGCCUCAAAAACUCGGCGGGUGACUGUGGAAGAUGUUGCCAAUGAAGAUGACGGAAAUUUCAUAUUUGAAAAGUAUCAGCAGGAUAAGGAGGAUGAGGGAGAAGAUGAAUGGGCACCUUUUUGUGAUAGGGAGGAAUGGGAACUUGCGGAAUGGCUUAUCAGAAGCCUUGGGCAGACUCGUACAGACGAGUUCCUGAAGUUACCAAUACUUCCUCAUGGACCUGCGUGGAGUUGCAAGAAGGUCAGCAUUCAGGGAAACCACACCAAUGAGAAUGGCCAGUUAUUGCACGAGGAUGUCGAGCUUUGGACACGGGACCCUGUAGAGUGCAUCAGAGAUCUCAUCGGUAAUCCUUUAUUUAAGGAACACAUGGUAUACGCACUCGCACGAGCAUACACCGACCAUGAAGGACUUCACUGCAUCAUCAAUGACAUGUGGACGGUGGACUGGUGGUGCGACAAACAAAAACAACUGCUGAAAGGUGCAACUAUUGCACCUGUCAUUCUCGUGUCAGACAAGACAUGUCUGUCGCAGUUCCGAGGUGACAAAUCUGUGUGGCCUGUGUAUCUUUCGAUAGGGAACAUCGCGAAAGAAAAACGAAGGGAAAUGUCAGCGCGAGCAACAGUUUUAAUUGGGUACUUACCGGCAGGCAAGCUCAGUUGUUUCACAUCGGAUUCACAAUCCCUUGCUAGUUACAGACUCUUCCACCAUUGUAUGUCUCUCCUGCUUCAACCACUCAUUGCCACAGGACGAGAUGGUGUUGAAAUGGUCUGUGCCGACUCAAUGGUCCAACAAUGUCUUGUGGCAUGUUGCAAAGAGAAUCGCUGCCCAAAGUGCCUGGUCGCGGCGGAUGAAAGAGGCGAUCCACUGAGUUCGCCAAUGCGGGACCCCGAGUUGAUAAAAGAGAUCUUAGAGAAGCGAAAAAAGGGUCAACAUCCAACUGAAUUCAAAGACUUUGGAUUACGCACCGUCUACAGUCCUUUCUGGGCCAAUCUCCCACACACAGACAUAUUCCUUGCUUUUACGCCUGACCUCCUACACCAGCUCCACAAGGGCAUCUUCAAAGAUCACUUGGUCAAGUGGUGUCUUGAAAUCGUUGGUGAAGCUGAGAUGGAUGCAUGCUUCAAGGCAAUACCAGACUUUCCAGGUCUUCAGCACUUCAAAAAAGGAAUAUCAGCAGUCAAACAAUGGACAGGCAUGGAACACAAACAAAUGCAACAUGUUUUCAUAGGGUUACUUGCCGGUGCUGUCCCAAGUCAAGUGCUGAACGCCCUUGCGGUAUUUCACGCCAACAAAGAUAUUCUGCACGAGCUUGGAGUACGUGAACAUUUUAAUAUUCCUAAACUACACCAACUCUCGCACUAUGUCCAAUCAAUCUCGUUGUAUGGUACCACUGACGGUUUCAACACCGAACUUCCAGAAUGCCUCCAUAUCGACUUCGCUAAGGAAGCCUACCAGGCUAGCAACAAGCGGGAUUAUGAGGAACAAAUGGCUCUGUGGCUUCAAUGCCAGGAAGCCGUGUUCUUGCACAGUUCCUAUCUCGAAUGGCUGUCUGUGCAGUCUCAGUCGGCCACCAUAGCCGGUCAUGCUGACUAUAAUCACAACAUUGAUUCAGACUCGGAUUCUGAGAUGGAAGACUUGCAAUUUGAGUCUCGUGCUGCCCCCGCCAAAGCACCUCCUGUCAUUGGACAAUGUGUACUCCAUGUUCUCGCCAAGGCACCUGCGCACCCUCGGACAUCCGUUCAGCAGCUCAUCACUGCACAUGGCGCAGUCUCAUUUCUUCCAGCCCUCAAACUCUUCUUACACAAGCAUAUGCCAAAAAAUCGCAUUGUCCCUGGUCCACAAGAUCAUUUUGACAUUUUCCGGCAAGUUGUCAUUGUUGCUCCGCUGGAUCCGCGGGUAGGUGAAUCACCAAGGCGAUGGCGCAUUAGAGCAACCCCCGAAGUAUCUCCUGGUCCUGGCCGGAAGCCAGGAUCCCCUGCCAAAUUCAAUAUGGCGCUGAUCAACAAUGGUGCUCGGACCACAAAUUUACAGACAUUAGAUGGUGCACAAGUGGCACAAGUCCGUGUCAUUUUCACACUGCCUCGUCAGUUCGGGACGUAUUCUCGAGCUUUGGCUUACAUUGAAUGGUUCAUGCCAUUUAGGGAGCCAGACCCUUUCUCUGGCCUGCUUCAGGUAUCUCCUGUGAUUCAUGUCGACAAAAUUCUUCAUCCAUGUCACUUGAUACCAAGGAUGGGACAAUCCAUCAACUCCGGGUGGACAAGCGCAAACGCCUAUAAGUUGGCAACUGAUUUUUAUCUGAAUACAUUCAUUGACUUAGAUACUUUUUGUAUUUCCGCUAUUACUUAG